UUGUCACGUGGCGCCGUUAGGUCAUCCGCGGGAGGACUGCUGAGAGUUCCCGGAAAGGUGUUGCCUAGCCGGGGAUCGGAUUCCUGACAGAGCUCAGCGCGGGUCUUUCCGGUCACGUGCUGCACGGAGCCGCUGCUAGGCUCGUUAUUGCUAGGCAACGCUUGCACGCUUUUUCUGCGCUGCAUCCAAGCAGUGGAGGAUCUGGGCGCCGCGGGCGGACAUGGACCAGUACUGCAUCCUCGGCCGCAUCGGGGAGGGCGCCCACGGCAUCGUCUUCAAAGCCAAGCACGUAGAGACUGGAGAGAUCGUUGCCCUCAAAAAGGUGGCCCUGCGGCGGCUGGAGGAUGGCAUUCCUAACCAGGCCCUAAGGGAAAUCAAGGCUCUGCAGGAGAUCGAAGACAGUCAGUAUGUGGUACAGCUGAAAGCCGUGUUCCCUCAUGGUGCAGGAUUUGUGCUGGCCUUUGAGUUUAUGCUGUCAGACCUGGCAGAGGUGGUGCGCCAUGCCCAGAGGCCCCUGGCCCCAGCACAGGUCAAGAGCUACCUGCAGAUGCUACUCAAAGGUGUUGCAUUUUGCCACGCCAACAACAUUGUGCAUCGGGACCUGAAACCUGCCAACCUGCUCAUCAGUGCCUCAGGCGAGCUCAAGAUUGCUGACUUUGGCCUGGCCCGCGUCUUCUCUCCAGAUGGUGGUCGCCUCUACACACAUCAGGUGGCCACCAGGUGGUACCGAGCUCCUGAGCUCCUGUAUGGUGCUCGGCAGUAUGACCAGGGUGUCGACCUAUGGGCUGUGGGCUGCAUUAUGGGAGAACUGUUGAAUGGGUCCCCCCUGUUCCCGGGAGAGAAUGACAUCGAGCAACUUUGCUGUGUGCUUCGCAUCCUGGGCACACCGAGUCCUCGAGUCUGGCCGGAGAUCACAGAGCUGCCUGACUACAACAAGAUCUCCUUCAAGGAGCAGGCACCGGUGCCCCUGGAGGAGGUGCUGCCUGAUGCCUCUCCCCAGGCCUUGGACCUGCUGGGUCAGUUCCUUCUCUACCCUCCACACCAGCGUAUUGCAGCCUCCCAGGCCCUUCUGCAUCAGUACUUCUUCACAGCGCCUCUGCCUGCCCAUCCCUCUGAGCUGCCAGUUCCUCAGCGCCCAGGGGGACCUGCACCGAAGGCUCACUCAGGCCCCCCUCACGUCCAUGACUUCCAUGUGGACCGUCCGCUUGAGGAGUCACUGCUGAACCCAGAGCUGAUUCGGCCCUUCCUCCCAGAGGGACUCUUAAGAGCUACAAGAAACUAAUGGGUGACAACUUGUGUCUGGAUGCUGUUUGGAAACAAAGGUACAGGAUGAUAAAAAUGUGGUCCAUUUGUUGAUUUACACAUCGGUGCCUUCAGUGAUCUCUGCAGAGCCUUUUCUAACUCCGCAUCGCACAGUGAUAACCAGGCAUACAGGGAAACAUUGAACAGCAGAAAACCAGCUCUGGACUCACCAGAUAGUGCAGCUACCACACUUGGUACUAGGUAGAAUCCAGUGGGUGGUAUUGAAAGUCAUGUAAUAAUACAACAAAACACAAAUAUACAAGCCUGUAGUAGGAUGGUUUCCCUUCCCCCCCCCAAAAAGAUUUUGUUUGGCUUGUUCUUUUCGAGAUGAGACAAUGAGCCUGACUUUGAGUUCCCUUUGUGACUGAGAUGACCCUGAUGCCUCCACUUUUAUUGGGAUUACAAGCCUCUAUUACCACACUUUACUCGUAGUAAUUUGAAUGCAGAGUACGUAUUCUAGCUGGAACAGAGGUGGUUACUUGUAUUAAAAAGGGAGAGAAAUGGGUAUUUUCAAGAAUAGAAUUAUAAAUCAAACUUUUACAAGUAAAAGAAUUUAAAAAUGUGGUAUAGUUUGAUAUCAGAGUAGGCAAUUACUAGGGAUAAACAUUAAACUUGCAUGAGAUGGCAAAAAUUGCUACAUAUAUAUGCACACAAUACAGAUUUUUUUACUCUUUUGAUACUGAAUCUUCUGUAGCUGAGGCUAGCAUUAAACUCAUUAUAUAUGCAAGGCUAGCUUCAAGCUCACUGUGUAGCCCAGAAUUACAGAAGCCUGCAGAGUCCAGCUCUGUAGACUUCCUCCAGAGUUGAGGUCAGAGGCCACUGUGUAGUGGAGGGGGUUAGCAUAGCUCUAAUCUGAGGGUUUUACACAAAAGGCUCACAGCGCUGUUCCAAACAUGUCUCUAUUCUACCUUUAUUUUAAUUCUGUCCUAAUUGUCUAUAAUUUCUUAGCUCUAAUUCUCUGUCUCAAUUCUGAUUCCAAUUCUCCGUUACAAGUCUCUGUUCCAAUUAUUUUACAUUUCUUUUUUCUUCAUUUUCCUACAUUCUCUAUACUUUUACAUUUCUGCCAGCUUCUGUUUGCUCUCUUAGCUUUUAUAGACCCACAGAAUCUUGUAGUCUUUACCUCUGAAGGUCACAUACCGUUUCUUAAGUAAAUGAUAAGAAACAGAGUCAUUCCAACAACUCAGAAUGCAAUAAAUCCAGAUAGUAAGAAAAGAGCACUUUCUUUCAGUUAACUCCCUAACUAGUGGACUGCAAACCGCAGCUGUGAAAGGAGAAGUCUUUCUUGUUAUUCAUAGAGGUAGCCUUCCAAAACUAAUAAGAGAAAUAAGGAAAUUGUGUGUUAUAUCCUAUACUUUGUAAAAAGAUUUUAUUUAUUAUGUUCACAGUGUCCUGUCUGCAUGUAUGCCUGUAGGCUAGAAGAGGGAGCCAUAUUUUACUACAGAUAGUUGUGAGCUACCAUGUGGUUGCUGGGAAUUAAACUCAGUGUCUCUGGAAGAGUUCUUAACCACUGAGCCAUCUCUCCAGCCCCUAUAUCCUAUACGUUUGAUUGUAUAAAACAUCUUAAACAUUUUGUGAUCAGUAGUCAUAAAGUCCAGGCUUUCUGGGACUGGGGACCUGUUUGUUUACAAAUGUUUUAUAGAAUCUUUCUUCUGUGGUGUCUGAACAAAGGUUGAGGUUAGGAAUCGGUGCAGUUAAUUAUUGUCCCUGGCACUCCAGUUAAAUCACUUUACACUAUUUACCUUGGCUCAAUAAAUCAUACAGCUGGCUACA